AUGCAUAUAACCCUAAAUUUUCCACCUAGUGAAACACAAUUAGCCCUACCAAAACUUCUGCUGUAUCAAAUCACAGCUGAAUUUAACACGAAAUUAUAUCAUUUUGACAUUGGAAGGUUCCCAUGGCUGGGCGUCGUUCAACAUAGCUUCUAUAUAGGUGGUAAAACUCGGUUUGCAAUAACAGCCGCAAUCCUUGUGCACCCAGCAUUCGCCAUAGCACCAGCGGAAGAUAUAGCCAGAAUAUUGCCAGAGUCUUUAAUGAACAACACAAAGUUCAUAUUAUGGUACAGUAACACAAUCAAGUACUCGAUUGAUGUGGUUGACUACGUGCUGCAUCCAGACUACUUGGAGAAGGUGACGCAGGCCACUAUAGCACUUCUAGAGCUGAACACGUAUGGGGAAACUGGACUUAGUGACAACAGUCAACCAGUGUUGCCAGUAUGUAUGCCUGUGAGAGGCUCCGGUACUUUUUCAGAUUUGCAUGCCGUGAGAAUGACCGAUGUGUCUGGGGAACUGCAAAAGGAGAUUCGUCAAAUGAGUUUUAUUAAUAAAAGAGAUUGCACCGAAUUCUACUACAGAGCUAAGCUCUCAUACAAAAUGAUGGCACCUACAUACCCGAUCUGCGCAGCAUCGCACACACAGAUGGAGCCCUGCGUUUGGGACGGCGGUGUCGCCCUCAUAUCCAGGCAAUCCUGGGGCUAUUGGAAGCUGUUAGGUUUCGGUGUGAGGGGACCGGGGUGCGCGGCGCCGGCCCGGUUCAUCAACAUACAUGACUACCUGUUUUGGAUCGACGAGGUGAUCUCCAACCAGAGCCCUGAGGAUAUGGUGGACACGCACAAGAUCUACUUCAGAAGACUCUCCCCUUACAAGCUUAUUAUGUACAAAGGUGACAGCCACGUGCCCAAGGAGCAAGGACAGUGCACGCGAGGCUCACGAGGAAAUGUUCUCUUCAAGGACAGCUCCGAAAUACUGAUAACGAAGAAUUUCGGACAGGGCUUCUAUUUUGUAGCAGUAUCACAAAUAGCAGGCUUUCUAUGUGCCGUGGUGGAUCUGGAGACCAGCUCGCGUACUAAUACGGCUAUCUGGGUGGAACACAAUUGCCACAGAGACGUGACGGGGCUGGCGCAUGGCAUGGACGAGGGUCCUGAUUACAGAAGAGUGGAAUGUUUCCUGUACUUCAAAUCGACAGCGUUCAUCGAGUUUCGGUUCUAUUUCUCGUUCCGGGCAGUUAUCGAACUGACGUUGUACGGUUCAGAGGAGCAGCCAAGAAAGAUACCGAAUCCAUUCCACCGCACGGAGACAACUGAUCCCUGGGAGCCCACCGAUCGUAUCAUCAGAUGGCAGUACUUCGUACCAUAUUACAAGUGGUGGUAUUGGCUGUAGAGCAGAGGUUCCCACACUUUUUUGUGUCGUAGACCCCUUGAUAUUUUUCGGUUUUGGGUAGACCACUGUGAUGUUAGGGAGUUCCGUAACCGUAACCGAAACUAGCGGAUAUCUGAUAUAAAAAAAUAUCCGUAACCGUAACCA